AUGACUCAUUUGCAAUUGGAAAUUCAAGAAUUAGUCAUUACAAUUACUUUCCCAAAUUCUUUGGGAUUGAUUAUAGAAUCAACAAAUACUAAACAAUUGACAUUGCGUUUCACCCAAGGUUGGUGGGAUGCUAAUUCAUGGGGUAAAUUACCAUUUGAUGGUAAAUAUAGUGGAGGAACAGGUGUUGAAGUAUCAGCUAUUAUUGAGGCCCCUAAUGUCGAUAUUGCUAAAAAGAAUUGGCUGAAGUUAACAAAAACAUUAUCUGGAUUCUUUUGUGCCUCAUUGAAUUUCAUUGAUGAUCAUAUUACUACUUAUCCAAAAUAUGCCGUAGAAGAAAUCAGUAAUGUGCAAUUUUCUCCAGAAAUUGGUAAUAAAUUGUACCUUUUAAGAGCAGCUCUACCUAGUGAACCUGUUUGUACAGAAAAUUUGACUCCAUUUUUGAAAUUGUUACCAACUAGAGGAAAAUCAGGAAUUUCUUCAUUAUUGGAUGGUCAUAAAGUCUUUGAUUCAUUAUGGCAUGGAAUGUCCAUAGAUGUCACAACAAAAUGUGAUAAUAACAACAAUGAGAACAACAACCAAUUGUGUACUCUUCAAUUGCACCAAACCGUGAAUCAAGUUGUCGAUAUAAUUCGAUCAUUGCGUAAACAAAAGGAAGGUGCUAUUCCUAAACCGACACCUGGUGAAGAGUUGAGAUGUGACAUGAACAAAACUUAUAAUUCAUGGCAAUGUUUCCCACUUAGUGAUCCAGUUUCAAUGAAAUGGAAUUUGGAAACCAUUUAUGGACGUCCAAUCAAGGGACCUGCUUUUGGUGAUGUUCCUGAAUCAUCAAAAGUCUCCAUUGACAUUGAUUCUUCUACUUGGAAUGUAAAUUUGAUCAGACAAAAUGAUAGUUCAAUAGAAUCAAGUUCAUUAUCUGUUGAUUCUAAAAACAGAAUCAUGCAACAAUUACCUGAUGUUGUUAAUUAUGAUUUUGAAUUUGUUGCCCGUGAUAGUUCAACUGUUUUACCUGUGGAAGAGCCACCAUUAUAUGCAUCUCGUUCUUUAACUGGGUAUUCCCUUGAUCAAGGGGGUCUUCGUACUGUAUUUACCAAUCCAGGAGAUGUACCUGUCAAAUUGGUUUAUUUCGAAUCGACUCCAUGGUUUAUGAGAUUAUACUUGAAUACUUUAAAGUUGAGUUUGAAAAAUGAAAAUGGAACUUUUGACGUUUCAGAUCAUCAAGAAUAUAUUAAAAAUGUUUAUUUCCGUCCAGCAGAGGAUAGAACUAGACCAUCACAUAUGGAAUUGAUUGUAGUUGUUCCACCAAAACUGACAUUGGCAAUGUCAUAUGAAUUUGAUAAAUCAUUGUUGUUGUAUCGUGAAUAUCCACCUGAUGCAAACCAUGGAUUUGAUGUUGAACCAGCUGUUAUUACAAUUCUUAAUAAUAAUAAUAAUAAUAAUAAUGACAAUGAUGAUGGACAUGAAAGCGGUGGAAAAUCCAUUUAUGAAUUCCGUACCACGAGUUUAUUAUUAACUUUACCAACUCCAGAUUUUUCUAUGCCAUAUAAUGUUAUUAUUAUGACUUGUACAGUGUUAUCGUUAUCAUUUGGAACUAUCUUUAACAUUUUAACCAAAAAAGUGGUCACUGAAGAAGAAUUUGAACAAGUUGCCGCAAAUACAAAAUUGGCUAAAUUGAAAAGAGGUAUAAAAUCGAAAAUAGCAUAUAUCAAAUCUUUCAAGAAAUAA